ACAAGGCUAAGCCGCCUCGAUUGAAAUGCUGAUGAGGCAUUCAGUUAAGCGCUUGUCCAAAACAGUUUCGAAUCUGUUUUGCUCCUCCCUUUCCCUCCAAAUCUCUCCUCCACCGCCACACCUAUAAAACCAGCCUCCGUACCCGAGCACCUCCAUUCGUCACUCUUCUCACUCCAACGGAGGAGAAGGAGAAGGAGGAGAAGAUCUUCUGUCGCUUCGGAAGAUUGCUUCAGAAAUUCACAACAAUACUCCUCUGUUAAAUUCCAGAGUAAAAUUGAAGAAAUCAAAGCGAAAUUUCGAGAAAAACGAAACAACAACAGCGCAGAUGCAAAACGACACCGCGUAUGGCGGCCACGCCACAUCUGCAAUGCCGCAAUCCCACACAGACGACGCCGUCUUCGCUUCACUCUACUCGGCCAUUUUCGAUCGCAAGGCUUCGACCAGUCAAUACGACGUCGAAUCGGACCACAGCUCGUCUUCAGCUCACCGCCAUCGCCAACUCUACAAUUCGCUCCUCGUUCAAGAUCAUCAGGAGAUGGUGAACCGCCACAGCCGCUGCCUCAAGCGCCUCCAAGAAACCUCCGAGGAAGCCGACGCUCUCCGCCGCGAGAACGUUCAUCUCCGCUCUCUCAAUCUCGAGCUCAACAAGCACCUCAGUCUGCUUAUCCACGCCUCCGUGCAGAAACAAUUCGGUUCCCCCUCCUCUGCUCAGACGACCGCGCCGUUUGGGAUCGUUAACGGGCUUCGCGACAUGACAAUUGAUGACAAGCGAGCAGAGCAGGACAUGUCCGACGAGAGCCCUAUGAGUGUGAUUGAGAGCGAAGGCGGCGAUGCCGAGAAUAUUGAUGUGGAGAGGUUUUCGCUGCCUAAGAGCAUAUCUGUGAGGUCUGAUGGAUACGUGAAGGCUGCUCCUCAAGGCGGUGCUAGCACUGCCGCUCGGACUCGGACCGCCUCUCGACCACGCGCCGCCACUACAUUCAAUGCUUCGCAAAAGGUGUUCGUUCCGAGAGGGGUGAAAGAGGAGGACCCACCGCUGGAAUUGGAGGUGUACAACCAAGGCAUGUUCAAGACAGAGCUGUGCAACAAGUGGCAGGAGGUUGGAGAGUGUCCUUACGGCGAUCACUGCCAGUUUGCACAUGGGAUUGAGGAGCUCCGCCCUGUGAUCCGCCACCCACGCUACAAGACCGAGGUCUGUAGGAUGGUGCUUUCGGGUGUUGUCUGCCCAUACGGUCACCGCUGCCAUUUCCGCCACGCCCUCACCGAGAAUGAGAAGAUGAUGGUUCCAAACAAGCCCAGGCAAAGGCAGUUCAAUCUGGACAGGUAAAAUAAAGGGGUAUUAUGAUGAUGGAGACAACAGUAAUAAGAUGAGAAGGAGAGCCAAAUGUUUAUGUUACAUAUGCCUCCUAUCGGAAGAUAUCGUAUAUAAAUGGUAUAUACCAGGUAUGAAGUAAGUAUAAAUACGGACAUAAAUACGUAAAAUAAAAAAUAAUUAGUGUCAUAUGCUACGGUAAAUUUGUUGAGGUAAAAUGUGGAAAGACUUCAUGGCCCGGAAGGUGGACAAAAUAUGAGCUCCUAUUUCAUUUUUGUAUAUGUUGAUUUGGGUUCUAACUAAAUUGAACAUCUGGAAGCAUCAUCAUAUAUACUUCAAUUUUAUAUAAAUCUACUUAAAACAAAAAUAUGAAACAAAAAAAAAGAAGAAAGUUUGUGGUUUCUGUUGGGCCGGCUCAGUGGGUCCAAUAUUGUACUGGGCCCGAAUAGUUUUUGGUUGAUUAGGGCUUCGUGACGCUCUCUGUGUCGUGUCUAUAAAAGGGAGUAGGCAAGCGUUGCGUCGCGUCCGUCGUCCGCUGAAGGAAGAAAUAUGACGUGAGAGAAGGGGGAAAGGGAGAAAGAGUUUGAGGAAGUUAUUGGACUUAGUUGCUCGGUGAGAAAACCUGAGGAUCUGGAGUUCUUCUUCUCCUACCGAUGCCACUAAGUCCCAUGAUUUCCUCUGCCUCCUCCUUUUCCCACCUUUUUUCUAAUUAAAUUAUUAUUUAUCAUUAUUUUAUGCGUUUUCAGAUGCGGGUAAAGUCGUCAGAUCCCUUACUCUCUCGUAUUCAAUUUCCUUUGUUUUUCCUUAAUUUUCUGUUUAUUGUUUAUAAUAUGUUGAUUCAAGAAAGUUGAUCUGUUUUAUUGCGUAGCAAAAAUUUAACUGAUGUCAACUAGCGGCUUAAUUUGGUUCGUGGAAUUGGUCCCUUGUUUGUAAAAGAAAUGGAUAAAUUUGAAAGAAAAAAAGGGCUCACAGAAACUUUGUAAA